CUCAGUGGCGGCGGACGGGCCUCAGAACUGAUAGAAUCCAAACUUACUUCUCUCUUUCAUCUGGAGAUGAGCUGGAGGACCAAAAUGAGUUUCCAACCCUUGCUUGUUAAAGUCCUGCAUAAAGCCAGGUUAAGGUACUAUGGGAAACCUGACACAAAACUAGAUGUACCAUACCAGGCCUAUUUUGAAGUGGCAGAUCAUUCUGGUAUGAUGUCAAUGGUCCUGUGGAACUCCUUAUGCCUCGAAUGGUAUAACAGUAUGAAGAUUGGCACAGUUCUGCUACUUGAACACUACGCUGUCAAAACAAGUUACCCUUUCAAAACACAGCCAACUCCUGGGGAUUUGCAUAUGAAGAGAUUGUCUUCAAUAGAAAUCUCCUUGAAUGUUCGAGAUCCUCCAACUAAAAUUCACAUAAUUCCAGAAAAUAAGGUUAAAAAAGACUGGAAGUUGCCUGAAGUUAAAUACCGUUUCAUAACAAGGUCAGAGCUAGAUAACUUACCAAACAAUCAUUCCUGUGAUAUUAUUGGACUUGUAAGAUAUGUAGGAAGGACUGAACGUACCAGAAAAAGAGAAUACGGGGAAGAUUUCUGGAUCCAUCGCUGGGUACAUGUUGUUGAUGGGACCUCAGAAGAGCAUUUCAUACUGGAAUUGUUUGCUACUUCUCAGCCAGAUGUUUUUGAACAAAUUCACCCAAUGACAUAUUUGGUAUGUACACAGAUGAGGGUGAUACGAGAUGCUGUUGAAAGAGACUCCUGUACAACUUACCUGACAACUUCUAAUGAAAGUCAAAUGUUUAUUACAGGAUGGCACAAAGGCCAGCCAUAUACAAAAGAAACCAAAGUGAAAAGCUUUAUCCAGUGGAUUAAAACUCAGAAGGAAGCUUCUCAUAUGGCAAAAACAGCAAUUGGUGGAUAUUAUCCUUUCCCACCAGUGCCAAAUACUUUUUCGAAAUAUUGUAAAAAUAAUAAAGUUGAAUCAGUUUUGACAACCAUCAGUGAAAUGGAGAAGGAGAUUGAAAGUCUGCACUACAGGGAACACAAACGCAUUGCUAUUCAGGGGAUAAUUAGUGCUAUAAGAUAUGUCAGCUGUGGCAGUACAUCUCAAGAUGCCUCAGGAGUGGAACCAAUGCAGAUCGACAAGGAGCCAUUGUUUCAGAGUUCUGUGUCAAAAAGUGACCACGUUAAGGAAGGAAGGAUGAAUCAACAAACCGGAGAAAAAAGUUCCAUGAAAAGGUCACCACCAUCCGUGCAGGAGCAGCAAUACAUAGUAACCAGAAAGGCUCGAACAAAGAAAAAGAGUGAGACUGUGGAGACAAGAGACCUUCCUAUUAUAUCUAGAAGUCCAUAUUUCACAAGAUCAGCAGGCAAGAAAAUCAUGUCACACACCGUUUUGCAAGAAAAGCGCCUUUCAAGAAAAGAGAGUCAAGAAGUGACAGAAGUAACUCCGUCUUGUAGAAGUAACAAAGAAAAGUCUGAUGCGUCUGAAAGAGUUCAAGCAGAAAGGAUAUGUCAUAAUUCCUGGCAAAGUGCUCUCUGGACAGCAGUAAAAGGCAACUUAACACAACACUUGCACUACAGCAGAGUUUUCCCGGAAAGCUUUCCUUGUAAAUUUGAUUACAUGCAGAAAGAAUUCCUUAUGCAACGAUAUAAUCUUCAGGCAACCAAAUGCAAGCUAAAAGAAUGGAAAACAAAUGAAGGAAUGAGUUGCUUUGAAAAUGCCUGUCCUCUUGAAUACUAUGAAGUAGCUAUUCUUGGCAUAAAUCAUGACACAGCUGUAGAUGUUGCCUUCCUGCCUGUAUGUUGCCCUGAAGAUUCCCAUUUAUUCCAAGCGGAAAAUGUAUUAAAUGAUGCAGUGCUGACCAGUGUGGGUGGUACUUCAUGUCAACAGGAGACCAUUAACAAAGCAGGGCUUUCUGAGAUAUUUUCACUUUCAGAUGAAGUUGUAAAAGCAGCUGCUGAUCUGGAAAAACAGCACGUCAUCUGUAUCCUGGAUGUCUGUUCUUUGAGUGAAGAUAAAGCUGAAGUCUUUCUUAAUAAAGUGUAUAAAAUUACAGAUGCUGAUGUAACAAACCAAACAUAGGUUAAUAUUGACAGUAGCAUGCUACUGUAAUUCCAAGAGUAUUUUUAUCUUGCUGUUGAUUGAACAGAAGCAGAAGAGUUCGAAUGUCUGGCAAUAACAUUAGAAAAAAAUCUCAUAUUUGAGAGUACAAGAUUAUGAUAUAUCUCAUCUUCAGUCAGGGAGUAUUGCGUGCUGCAAGUAAUGUUCCUUAACAUCCAGCAACUGUAAGCUGGCAAAUCCUACUCUUGUUUUGGCGGGAACUGCACACAUAUACCAAGGAAGAAAUUGACUCGCUGGGCAGCUAAACACAGUGGCAUGUCAAACUUUGCCUUAAUGAUAGAGAGCAUCAUUAUCUGAAGAAAACCACUGGUAACUGAGACUGAAGCACAGGCAUAUGUUUUCGCUCUGUUUGCGGGGUAAGCAGUUCAAAAGAAAUUAGUGGAAAUCUACCACUUCAACGUGCUCCUAUAGGCCCCAUUUUAGAUCAGCAAAAGGACAUCCAAAAUCAGAAGGCUUGGCUGACAAAAAAAGUAGAUACUGGUGCGUGAUAAUUUUUUUGAGGGCCCCUUUCCAUCCUAGCUUCUAACCCUUGCACUUGCUGUUCCAAGCAGAGUUAUCAUUGCACUCACUAUUGGCCACUAUUUAUAAAGUUGCUCUCUUCCACCAAAGAUGAUGAACUUUGAACAAACCAUAAUUUUAAGCAUCAAAUAGAAAAGAAUCAUUUGGCUUCUUUGUUUAGAAAUGAAUCUGCCAUUGGUACAGAACUAAUAAUUUAUCUUAGGCAUGGGGAAUCCACUCUCCAUUUCUGUCUUGGCAGUUUUGCCUACAAACGUCCCUACCAACAGAGCCUAACCAGUUCUUUAGAUGAAGAGCAUAUCAGCUAGAAAUUAUAUUUUAGGGGACCCAUGCUGAUGAAUUUAAUGGAGAGCAGUGAAGAAACAAAAUAGCAGGAGCUUAGUACUCCCAGAAUAGGACCCCAUGUACCUGCAGUGUUGUACAAAGGGGGGAAGAAAAUGUGUGUGUGUUGUGUUGUUUUUGUUUUCUUCUUUAGAUGGAAAGAACAUACACACAAUAGCCUUUUUUUUAAAGUCCUUCUCGGACAUUUUCUUGUGUUGUAUUGUAGUUUUGGUACUGCAAUAACUUAUUAAUAUUUUGUCUUGAGAUUUCCUGCCUCUUAAAAAUCAUGCAAGUAGUGAGAUUCUUCUCAUAUUUUUCUGUAUUUUCACAUGUUUAAUAAAAACUUAACUCUACUGCAGUUUUCCACA